AUGGCCAGGCGGACCGCAAUCGUGACAGGCUCAUCUCGCGGGAUCGGCGAAGCCAUCGCUCGGCGCCUUGCAGCAGAAGGCUACGCCGUCUGCAUCAACGACGUCUCGGCCAAUAAACCCGGCAUCGACAAACUUGUCUCCGAGCUCAACUCCAAACAUGGCUCCGGCGCCGCCAUCGGCGUAGUCGCCGACGUAACUUCCUCAGAAGAAGUGCAGUCCAUGAUAAAAGAGUCGGUAGAAAAGCUUGGUCCCCUGACGGUGAUGGUCGCGAACGCCGGCAUCGCGCAGGUCGCUCCGGCACUGGACAUUUCCGACGCAGACGUCCGCAGAAUGUUCGACGUGAACUUCAUGGGAGUGUGGCUAUGUUAUACGCACGCGGCGAGACAGAUGAUAUCUCAGGGACCCGUGCCCGAAGGGAGCAGUGGAUACAAGAUCCUUGGUGCAGCAAGCAUCGUUGCCUUCAAGCCGUUUCCGCUCCUGUCGCACUACAGCGCGUCGAAAUGGGCAGUCAGGGGACUCACACAAGUGUUUGCAAUGGAGAUGGCCAAGCACAAGAUCAACGUGAACGCCUACGCUCCGGGGAUUGUUGGGACAGCGAUGUGGGAUCUCAUUGAUGAGAAGUUGGGCGAGAUCGAAGGAAGGAAGAAGGGCGAGUCGGUCAAAAAGUAUAGCUCGGAUUUGACGGCGUUGGGACGCGUGAGUGUGCCAGAGGACGUCGGCAACGUUGUUGGCGGGUUCAUGUGCUCAAAAGACGCGGAGUUUGUCACGGGCCAGACGAUGGUCAUUGACGGUGGCAUCGUCUUCACUUGA